AUGCAUAUUGGCUCAGCUUGGCUUGGCUCGGCUUGGAAUCGGAUGUUAAGCAAGGUUUUUCAGGUUCAUUUAUCCAGGUUGAAGCUUCCAGAGGAGUUCAUCGUGGACGAUCAGAAUGGUUGUGAUGUCACGCUACGUUCGUUCAUUCGGUGGCAAAGAAUGCACGCCCUGCUGGGGUUGAAGCUUCCAAAGGAAUUCAUCGUGGAAGAUGUCAGGCUACGACUGGCACCAGUUUUGGAGGACAACGUAGGAACCGGACCGCAUUCAACAUUCUGCCUUUGUCGAAUGGACGACGUAUCCGGUCAAAUUCAUUCCAUCGAUGCGUGUCAGAUGACGGUCUGUGCAAUGGAGUUUGAAAUGGUGGUUUUGAAAUAUUACCAACAUCCCAGUCUUUCCGGUUCUGAAUCUCAACGCGUUUUGAAAAAAUUAAAACAUGGCGCCUGCUUGAAAGACGAGGUCGAAGUUGACGCCGAAUUUUGCUACUACGUGGAUUGUGCCGCCCCAUUGACAGCAACUGAAGAAUCCACAUUGAAAUGGAUUAUAGGCUGCCCAUUCUCAACAUCAAAACUGAACAAAACAUCUCAUCUAUUUGACAAAGAUGGCUCUUUUGAUGUUAUUGAAAUUGGGCCUAGACUGAACGUAAGUACAGCAUUUUCCACAAAUGCAGUUUCCAUCUGUAAAUCAGUCGGCCUAAAAAGCAUUCGUCGAAUUGAACAGUCCACCAGGUAUCUAUUUAAAAUCCAAAAGCAUCAAAUAGAUCAAGGUAACGAGACUGGCCAAAUUACUGCUGAUAACAAUCCUAACAACCUCAAUAAUGAUGGUUAUGCCAAUAGUAUCAGGUCAAAGUUCAUACCUCUACUUCAUGAUAGGAUGACCCAAAUGUAUUAUAAUGCACCAGUUGAAUCUUUCGACCUUGACAUUCAUCCCGACCCAAUUUUUGAGAUUGAUCUGAUUAGAGAAGGAAGGGCUGCCCUAGAACAAGCUAGUUCUGAAUUAGGAUUAUCUUUUGAUUCUUGGGACUUAGAUUUUUAUACAGAUCUUUUUGUAUCAAAAUUGAACCGCAAUCCAACCAGUGUUGAGUGUUUUGAUCUUGCUCAAUCGAACAGCGAGCACUGUCGCCAUUGGUUCUUCAAGGGCAAGUUUUUUAUUGACGGACAAGAAAUGGCUUCAUCCUUGUUAAAGAUCGUCAUGGAUACGCAGAUGUCAACCAAUCAGAAUAAUGUUAUCAAAUUUUCAGAUAACAGCAGUGCCAUUAAAGGUUUUGAAUUAUAUACCUUAUCACCGGAAGACCCAUACAAGUCAUCAGUAUUCGUGUUUACCUACCCUACUUACCACCAUGUGGAGUGGCACCAUUCCCAGGUGCCACAACGGGAACCGGAGGCCGAAUUAGAGAUGUGCAAGCAACAGGUCGUGGGGCAAAGGUCAUUGCUGGUUCUGCUGGGUACUGUGUUGGCUGUCUUCACAUCCCUGGCUGGUUACGAUUUACCAUGGGAGACAUCCCAAUCAGCUACAUAUCCUGAAAACUUAGCAUUGCCACUUAACAUUUUAAUUGAAGCGAGUAACGGAGCCUCAGAUUACGGUAACAAAUUUGGUGAACCAAUUAUCUGCGGGUUUUCCAGAAGUUUCGGUUUAAUGGAUGUCGGCGGGGAAAGACGAGAAUGGGUAAAGCCCAUUAUGUUUACAGGAGGGGUGGGCAGCAUUCUGGAUGAACAUGUUCAUAAGAUGAAUCCUGAAAUUGGGAUGCACGUGGUGAAGAUAGGGGGUCCAGUGAUGCGCAUCGGAGUGGGUGGGGGCUGUGCCAGUUCGAUAUCCUGUCAGAGCGAGGAAAGAGUCGAGUUGGACUUUAACGCUGUGCAACGAGGGGACGCGGAAAUGGGAGAGAAGAUGAAUAGAGUGGUGAGGGGAUGCGUGGAGUUGGGCGGUCGCAACCCGAUCUGUAGCAUACAUGAUCAGGGAGCCGGGGGCAAUGGAAAUGUCCUCAAAGAACUCUGUCAUCCGGGUGGUGCACUAAUUAAAUUAAGCGCUUUUGAACUGGCCGACGCCACUCUCAGUUCUUUGGAAGUAUGGACGGCAGAAUAUCAGGAAAGUAAUGCACUGCUCGUGAAAGAGGAGGGGCUUGGACUCUUGAAGGAAUUAGGGAAUAGGGAAAAAUGUCCGGUUUCUGUUGUUGGAUGCAUCACUGGCGACAAUAAGAUAAAAUUCGUUGACGACAGAGUAGCAACAUUUUCUACCAAAGAACCUCAAAAUAAAAAAAUAAAAAUGCACAUCCCUACCAAUCAACAUCCUGUUGAUCUAGAUUUAGACCUCAUUCUCGGGAAUGUUCCUAGAAAGAAAUACCACGUAUCCAGGCUACCGACCAAUCACAAGCCUAUAAAGUUACCAGCCGAUGUGGAUAUUUUUGACUUGCUGAAGAAUGUUCUAAAGCUUCCGUCGGUGGCCAGCAAAAGAUUUUUAACCAAUAAGGUUGAUAGGUCAGUAACGGGAUUGGUAGCUCAGCAGCAAUGCGUCGGACCUCUUCAUACGCCACUGGCUGAUGUGGCUGUCGUUGCUCUGUCGCACUUCAAUGUGAAAGGGGCGGCGACUUCGAUAGGUGAACAACCAAUCAAAAUGCUCGUUGAUGCGUCAUGUGGGGCUCGCAUGACUGUCGGUGAAGCCCUGACUAAUUUGUCGUUUGCAUAUGUCGGUGAUAUUAAAGACGUAAAGUGCAGCGCUAAUUGGAUGUGGCCGGCUAAAUUACCAGGCGAAGAUGCCAGAAUUUACGAAGCCUGUGUGGCCAUGGCAAAGGUCAUGGGUCAACUGGGAGUCGCGGUCGACGGAGGAAAGGAUUCACUGAGCAUGUCUGCCAAGGUUGACAAGCAAGUCGUUAAAUCUCCAGGAAGUUUGGUUGUAUCAGCAUACGCCGCGUGCCCUGACAUCUAUCUCAUCGUAACGCCUGACCUCAAGGUUCCUGAGCGCAAAGGUCACCUAUUUUAUGUGCCCCUGACCCCUGGCAAACAUAGGUUAGGGGGCUCAGCACUGGCCCAAUGCUUAGGUUGUGUUGGUGAUGAAAGUCCGGAUUUGGAGUUUCCAGAACUGUUUGUAAAUGUUUUUGCAGUUAUGCAAGAACUGGUAAAAGAUGACAGAAUAAGCGCCGGCCAUGACGUCAGUGACGGUGGUUUGUUGACGUGUGUACUCGAAAUGGCAUUUGCCGGUAACUGCGGCCUGGAUGUUAACUUCGAAGACCUCAGGUGUCAGGGCGAUUGUAACGUUUCUCAGUCAAUGGUCGAAUUUCUAUUCGCCGAAGAACUUGGCUACGUCAUCGAAGUUUCAGCCAAUCACGUAACAGAAGUAACUUCUAAGUUCAAGGACGUUGGUGCUUCGUGCAUUCCUAUUGGCUGUUCACUACCCAAUCUUGAUGUAACAAUAAAAUACAACAAUUCAGCCAUCGUAUCGUCAUCAACACCUCUACUACGUGACAUCUGGGAAGAGACGAGCCACCAAUUAGAACUCUUGCAAUGCGAAGCUGACUCCGCCCACUCGCAACGUAAUUGGCUAUUAGAAGCCAAGCCCCCUCGCUACAGGCUCACUUUUGAUAUGAAUUCCAUACUGUUUUAUGAUGUGGGGCACGAAUUUAAAGUGGCCGUCAUUCGCGAGGAGGGUAGUAACGGCGACAGGGAGAUGGCAGCCGCGCUUGUGCUCGCCGGCUUCCAGGUCUAUGACGUCAACAUGCAGGAUCUUUUGAAUGGAUCAGUCAAGCUGACUGAUUUUAGAGGAGCUGUCUUUGUUGGGGGUUUCAGCUAUGCCGAUGUCUUUGGAUCCGGAAAAGGAUGGGCCACUUCGAUAAAGUUCAACGAUGACGUGCGAAGGCAGUUUGAAAUCUUCGCUCAAAGACCAAACACAUUCAGCCUGGGCGUUUGCAAUGGUUGCCAGCUGAUGACUUACUUAGGCUGGGUGGGCACUGAUGUCAAUAACAAAGAGAACGAGAUAGAGCAGAGUAUAAUGCUGGAACGCAAUGCAUCGAAUCGUUACGAGUCUCGGUUCGUGUCGGUGAGAGUUGGUGAAACUCCGUCCAUAAUGAUGAGGGGAUUGGAAGCGGCAAUCCUCGGAGUUUGGGUGGCCCAUGGGGAAGGUAGAUUUUCAUUCCGGAACGAGAAAGCCUACCAGGCCGCAUACGAUAACCGCCUUUUCUCCCUACGCUACGUGGACGAAACCGGAAGUCCCACGCAGACUUACCCGCUAAAUCCCAACGGAAGUCGCGACGCCAUUGCGGGAAUAUGCUCGUACGACGGUCGGCACCUGGCCAUGAUGCCCCACCCGGAAAGGUCGGUGUUUACCUGGCAGUGGCCUUGGAAGGAUGAGACCUUUGCAGUCGGUAGGAGAUGGGGCAUCGAUAUGAUGGAGAAUAUAAACGUCUCGCCCUGGUUGUGCAUGUUCAAAAAUGCCUACAUCUGGUGCUGUCACUCUUAGCAUCUCGCUAUUCGUGGUUUAGUGCUAGUUACGACGUAAUUGGCUAAUUAAUUAGUUAUUUAGCUAAUUAAUUAAUUAAGUUAAUUAAUAAUUAACUGAUAAUUAGGUAGUUAAUAUCUCUGGAAGGUUUAAUAUUAUUAAUAUAUAUAUAUAUAUAUAUGUUUCUCGCAUGCUUAAAUGUAUGGAGUUAGUGAAGUUAUAAAUAAAAUAAAAGCUCGUUUCAUCUUCUCACAGUACAUUUUUUUCAAUUAUACUUUUUCAGUUUUCUAUUUUUUGGGAUAUAUUUGGAAUUAUUGUCAAAAUUGUUGUUAUUAUUGUAGUUAUAAUUGUUAAUAUUUUUGUUAUUAUUGUUGAUUCUAUUAUUUUUACCCGAAAGGUUUUCACAUGUUAACACUUAUGUUAGGCACUUGACUUUACAUGUUUGUUUAUUCUACGAAUAAUUAACUAUAAUAAUAAUAAAUUUUAUAUUUUAUUAUUGUUGUUGUUAUUAUUAUUGUUGUUGUUGUUAUUGCUAUUAUACUCAUUAAAAUACAAAAUAUUUCAAGUUG